AUGGAAGUACACCCAAGAAUCGAACAUGGCCAAGGAAAUACGAACAUGGCAUACUCUCAAAGAAAUCCAACUCAUAGACCGAACCACAGCCAAGGCGGGCACCCACCAGUGCCGGACAUCUAUAAGCCCUCGCGUUCGCCGUCGGCGGCGCGUUACUCCGCCGCCUACCCUGGGGGCGGUCAACAGCAGCAGCAGCAGCAGAAUGCGCAGUCGGCGGCGGGUCAAGGGGCGGCGUCCGUCGUGGUGCCGCCGUCGUCGGUCAACCUGCACAACCAGGUGCUGCAGCAGCAGCAGCAGCGGUACGUGGGGGGGCAGGGGCAGGGGCACAUGCCCCCCGCCCAACCCCAACUGCUCUACAGAGAUUUCAGUGCUUUUUAUAGGCAAAACCGAAUAUCUUUGCUGCACAGCGAUUACGCGGCUCGAUCCAGGGAGCUUCAGGGGGUCGUGAUAGACGACGGCAUGGGGGGACAGCAACCCCUCAAAAAAAUCCGCCUGUCGGACAAGGACCCAGUGCAACCCCUUAGAAUAGAAACCAGGGAUCAACCUGGCGCGUACAACCCUCAGGUCGAGGCGAUAUCUCCGACGUUGCCGGAUCACGUGCAGCAAGAAGAUCAGCAGUUUCGCACGACCAAGGACGAGCUGAUCCAGCAGAUCGGCAAGGUCGAUCGGGAAAUCGCCAAGGCCGAAUCUUCGAUCGCCAUUUUGAAGAAGAAAGAACAGGAACUCGAGGAGAUCGCUAACAAACCGUCGGUUAAAGGCGAAGUCGAAGAGGACACGCAACCCAAACACCAGAGCCUACACCAGAAAAUCUACGCGGAAAAUCGCAAGAGGGCGCAGAACGCGCACGCGAAGCUGGACACGCUGGGCCCCAAGGUGGAAUUUCCGCUGUACAAUCAGCCCAGCGACACGUCGGUUUACCACGAGAACAAGCGGAAGCACAUCGCGUUCAAGGGCCGCCUGAUCGAAUAUUUCAAGAAACGUCACGUGGAGAAGGAGAACAGGAAUAAUUAUUUGGCCGAAACGUACUCCAAAUUAAUGCAGGAAUGGCUAAGGAAGGUGGACAAAAUCGAGUCCAGUUCGAAGAGGAAAGGAAAGGAGGCGAAAAACAGGGACUUCUUCGAAAAAGUUUUUCCCGAAUUGCGGAAGCAACGGGAGGAUAAAGAAAGGUUCUCAAGGUUCAAUCGCGUGGGGUCGCGCGUGAAAUCCGAGGCCGACUUGGAAGAGAUCAUGGACAACCUGCAGGAGCAGGCCAUGGAGGACAAAAAGAUGCGCAGCUACGCGGUGAUUCCCCCGAUUUUGCUCGACGCUAAGGAGCGUAAAAUCAAGUACGAAGACGACAACGGCCACGUCGAGGACAUGGAGGCGGUCUACAAGGAGCGGAAGUUCCUCAACGUGUGGACGCCGCAGGAGAAGGAGGUGUUCAAGGAGAAGUUCCUGCAGCACCCGAAGAACUUCGUCGUCAUAGCUUCGUAUCUCGACAGGAAGAGCGUUUCCGAUUGCGUGCAGCACUACUACUUGAGCAAGAAGACCGAGAACUACAAGCAGCUGCUCAGGAAGAGCAGACAAAGGACGCGCAGCUCGAGAAACAACACGCAGAAGGUCAACAACGCCGCCAAUGCCUCGGUGGUGGACAUUCUAACCACGGGCGUGACGACGCGUCUGCAACGCGAGCAGCAACAAAAAACCGGCGUGACGUCGCGUAACAGCGCGACGCCGGCGUCGGCGGCGUCGGCAGCCGCCGCCGCGUCGUCCUCGUCAGUGCCGGGUAGCGCCGCCGCCGGCAACGAGGCGGCAACGUCGAACGACGCCGCCGCCGCCCGCAGCCCGACGCCGACGACGUCUAGCGCCGCCAACUCGACGGCGUCGGCGACGUCGGCCGCCGCCGUCGCGAUAAUUUCGACGGCGGGCGGCGCCACGACGGUGACGACGGCGACGGCGACGCCCGUCGCGACGGUCGUCGUCAAAACGGAGCCCGUCGACGACACGAAGGUGUUCAAGGACUUCAACUCGUACGAGGAUUACAGGAACAAGACGUUUUUCGGCGCAGAGGAUUCCAAAGAGAAGAUCAAGGAGGAGUUGAAGACCGAGUCUACGACAGAUGUCGCCAGUGAUCAAAACAUGCCCGGACAAAUAACGGAAAACAAAAAGAAGAAAGAACGAAGAAAAGAAGAAAAUACUGCCAUGGAAACUAGCGAUGAAGAGGCAGGAUCUGCACAAGAUAAACAGAUUGGCGGCAGCUGCGCGGUGUGCCAGUCGCAGCUGGGCGCGCAGCUGCAGUCGCGGCCGCUGCCGCCCAGCCACGCGAGCCAGUACGGGCUGCGCGAGGAGCAGGUGCCGGCGCAUGCGCGCGUGUGCAACACGUGCCGCUGCAAGUGCGUGCGCAGCCGCUACACGCACUGCCCCCUGCCGAACUGCCCGAACUCUCGCAACCGCGUCAAAAGACUGAGGUCGUUCCCGUACCGGCUGCAAGACCUGUCGUCGGACGUCAGGGAUUCGAUCCUGGCCGACUUCCUGGUGCCUUCGGGCGUCACCAAGUGCUGCUCGGCCUGCUUCAACCGCAUCCAGCGCCGGCUAGGCCCCGUCGAGGACUGGAGCGAGCAGGAGAUCGCAGAGCUCAAGUCCGCGCUGACGGAUUUGGGCGCCAACUGGCAGCUCGUGGCGGAAAGGCUGAACAAGAUGCCGCCGGUGGUCAAGAGCUACUACGCCGCCAACAGGAAGAGAUUGCAGCUCGAAAGUUGUCUAGGUGAUCGUAAACCCACCUUAACCGAUGAAGAGGAGAGCGGCAGCAGUACCUCUUCAUGCGAGGAACCGCCAAACAGAGAUCGUCAUUCUAGUGAUACAGCUUCGGCUGCUGAAAGUCCUCCUGUUUUGACAGGCAACGGGCAGCCGACGAACGUGAAGAAGGAAGACUACGACUCGUCGGCGACGGAGACGGCCGACGAGGCCGUCACGCCCGACACGUACCAGGGCAGCGCGACGAUAACGGCGGUGGGAGCGGCGCCGUGCGACCCCUCCUCCUCCUCCUCGUCGGCGGCGGCGGCGGCGCGCGCCAACGCCUCCCCGCUCAGCGUCAAGGACCUCGUGCUGAACGUGAUCGAGUCGCAGCUGAAGAAGAACCCGGGCUCGCGCGACGCCAACCCAACUCCCCCCACAAGCGUCGUCAUACCGACCAUCAGCUCGAUCCUCAACUCGACGGAUUCCAACGACGUGACCAUCGUGAGCGAGUACAGCUUGGGUGGGCAGCAGCAGCAGCAGCAGCAGCAGGCGGCUGGGCGCAACGCGAGGCAGGAUUUGAACUUGGCGAAGCUGAAGCCGCUGAUCGGGGCGACGAUCACGCCGGUGUCGGGGCCGAUAGUGCCGAGCGCGCCCCCCGAGCCGGUGGCGACGGGGCGCGACGAUCUGGUCGUGCUGCAGGUUAACGAUGGCGGCCGACUGGAGCCGGAGACGCUCGAUUUGAGCAUCAAGAAGCCCAGGGAGAUGCACGUGUCGUCGGCGCAGAAGAUGCUAGGGAACUCGCAGCAGGUGCAGCACACGCAGCUUCACAUUCCCUCCGGCGUCGGCUACGGCGUGCCGCAGGACAGGAAGAGCCCGUUCGGCGCGCAGGCCCCCGGCGGCAUGCGCCUGCACGUGAGCGGCGGCGGCCAGGGCGGCGGCGGCGGCGCCAAGAUGCCCAGCCCGAAGCCGGCCAAUCCGAAAGCGGGCUCCAUCACGCAGGGCACGCCCAUCGUCACGCAGCCGCGCUACGGCCUGCUCCGACACGUAGCCCCCGACUCCAAGAUGGGCUCCAUCACCCAAGGCACUCCGAUCCAUUUGCCGCACAACUCGAUGCAAGACAAGCAGCAGCGCGUCUACGAGUACUACAAGCGACCGCCGUCGCAAGGCCCGCCCUCUGGCGGGCCUCAGGGGCAGUCGUACGGUCAAGGGCAACCGCCACCGCCGCAGUCGCAGUACCGCGAACAACUCGGGUACACGGUCGAUCAGCACAUGAGCAGUCGGCAGAUCAUAAUGAACGAUUUUAUCACCUCGCAGCAUAUGCAAGGUCGCGGCCGCGAAAAGAUACAGUACUACCCGAGUUCGCCGCACAGAACUCCGCCGCCGCAGCAGCAGCAGCAGCAGCAGCAACCGCCCCCGCAGCAGCAGCAGCAACAGCAGCAGCAGGGCGGUCAGCAGCAGAGGCAGGGCGUUAUACAGCGGCACACUAGGCCGCCGUACCUGCCGCCAGGCCACGAGGCGCUCAGUUCGCUUGUGGACGUUGCGGUCCAGCAACCGUCGCUGCCGGUACCCACGGCGCCGCACGAGGGUCUGGGUAAAACGAUCGCGGAACAGCUCGAGCAGCCGCACCGCUUCCAGCUGCUGCAGCAGCAGCAGCAGCAGCAGCUGCUGCGCCGCGAGCAGCAGCAGCGCAGCGAAGAGCAACACCGCCGCGUCGAGUACCACCGGCAACAAGUCAACCACCACGCGCACCAAGUUAACAGAGGUCAACAACAACAACAACAGCAACAAAGGGGGGAUACCAACACUCUAACGGCGGCCAGUUUAAUCGACGCGAUCAUAACGCACCAAAUCAAUCAGUCGGUUGAUGGGGGGCGGGAGAACUCCGCUGCUACAGAUCGCAAAGGGGACGUUCUAUUCCAAGGGUUCAACCGCGACCAACAACAACAACAGCAACAACAACAGCAACAAGAGAACCGCCCUCCCAGCGUUAUAUCGGUGGAUUUAGAUGCACCGGACGGUGUCAGUAAAAAUUUGACGGUUAAAGAGUUGACCGACACGGUUAUAAGUCGCGAUUUCUCGUCUCGCUCGGGUUUCUACAACAUGCAGCAGCAGCAGGAGAACGAGUGGAAACGCAGGAUGCAACAUAAAGCCGCCGAAGAGCAGCAGAAACGUUCCAACACUCCUCAGCAGCAUUUAGCGCAAGGUAACGACGAACGGCAGAUAAUCAGGAUCGCGCAGCCUUCGGUUAAAUACCACGUCGAGCCGGUUUCGCCGCCGGAAAACAACCACCACCACUGGAACGAGACUACAAACUACCGGCGUUACCAAACGGCGCCGCCGCAGUCGCACAUGUCGCCGCUAGACUACGUUAAAAACCGCAUAGCGGAAGUGAUGCGCACGGAGGACGACAAAAAGGAAAUCACCGCGCAGCAGGAAAAAGACCGCGACAGCCCCGGCGACAUGGUCAUCGAUGAGGACAAAAGCGACGACUUUAUUAACCCUGCUACUGCGCAGCAGCAGUACUACGGCUACGUCGCGCAGCAACAACAACAACAACAAAAUCAAGACGGCAAUGCCCAGCAACAACAACAAAGCAACGAUGCCAGAUCUAACGAGCCCAAACCGCUCCUCAGCGCGCAGUACGAGCCUUUGAGCGACGAGGACUGA